AUGCCUUCCCCGUUGGACCAGCCCGAUUCCUCCAUACCAGAACAGACGCCUGAUGAAAACGACCAAAAAUCGCCCGAGCCCAUCGCGAACCCACGACCACUAGCGAUAGAACACAAGUCAGCCGACUCUACGAAGCAACCAGAGGCGGAGCAGGUGCACUCUCUGGAUCUGGGAGCAGGGAACGUGGUCAAGCUCGACAGGCUAGGGCCUAUGAUAGUCAAUACAGAUGGAACCCUCUCUCGCAUCUCCAACUGGCACGAGUUGAGCGAAUUUGAGCAGGAGAGGACAGUCCGUCUGCUCGUCAAGAAACGGAAUCUGGUGAGACUAGAAAAGCUGGAUGAGAAGGAAAGAGCAGAGGGACGGGCGGCGGGGGAUGAGUUGUCGGCGCUGAGAAACAGUCAGGCAGACGAAAAAAGAUGA